GAAUUUGAAUGUUGAUACCGUUUCCGGUUGUCAUUGUUAGGAGAGAAAAAAAGAGAAAAGUCAACGGUUCUUUUAGAUUUCCCGCGCAGACGUUCAAGUUAGACACGCCCCCUGACUCUCCUUAGUUACAUGUCAACAGGUACAUGGUUGUACAGACUGAUGAUAUGGAACCUGUUCUAUUGUGUUCGGAUGGUAUUUACUGACAAGGCUUAGCAACUUAAGAAGAUAUCCUGUCUUUUAAUCUGGAUCUUGUCCUUUUGUGUACAAUUGAGUGAGGGUCCAACACAGGGCAGCCCCUUUAUCACACACCUUGGGGACGGUGACCCUAAUCUACAGCCUCACCCCCAAUACCUGCUUAGAUCCUCCACACCAGAGGACGAACAGACACUCCAGUUGGUGAUUCCAGAGUUAGACCACUCAGCUGAAAACUCGCUCAACAACUCGGGCACCAAAAAGGAAAACACCGACAUAGAAACCAAAGAAGUUGAUACUAGAGAGCCACCUUGGCAGCCAGAAGAGCUGGCCACAAGUGAAGCACCACUUCGACCUCAAUCCAGACAGUCAUUUGUUACAUCAAGGAGUUUCAUAAAAGACAAAGUUGCACACACAACAAAACCAUCUGAAAAACAAGUGUAUUUUGUGUCUUCGAGCCCUGAACCUCAUUUACGACCAGAGAGUCGCUGCACAAACAUAACAGACUCCUUCAAUAAACCAAUUGUAACUCCCAUAGUGGAGAACCCAUAUGCUCGAGUGGACUCGGGGUAUUCUAGUCGCUACAGUCAAAGAAGUUUUAGUGCUGGUCCUAUACGCAAACCAAAUCACAGUACCAGCAAGAUGAGUUACGGAAUGACGGAACAUUACACCAAUACUCUCUCCCAGCAUGCGUGUAAUCGCUCACAGGAGAAGGAGGAGCUACAGAGGAUAAACGAUCGUUUUACGGCAUACAUCCAGAAAGUCCGCCACUUACGAGAACAAAGUGGACAGCAGGUGGAUGCCACAUCCUUCAUCAAGUCAACAAAGGUCUUAGAAGAUGAAGUCGCAACAUUAAAGAGCUUGUAUGAACGAGAACUGGACAAUGUUAGGAGACAGUUGGAAGAAGUUACAAGGGAAAGGAAUUCAUAUCAGAUGCAGAGUGGCAAAAAUAAACAAUUUUCAGUAGACCUUGAGAGCAGUUACUGUGAGGAUGGCCAAGAUGCAAGAUUAUCGGUAGAGUCAGAAAAAACGAGAAAACUAAUGGAGGAAGUCAAUAUCAGUCAUAAACGAAUUCAGUCCUUACAAAAUGAGCUGGCAGAAACAAGAGCAAGUGCUGGUCGGCCAUUCGAUGACAUCAACAGCUUGACAAGAGAUGCUGACAAGAUGACAAGAGAGAUUGAAACCCUCAAGCGCAGAUAUGAGAAGGAACAGCUAAUGCGGCAGGAAGCAGAAGAGAAGGCUCACCAGGUGUCUCAGAAGAUGGAGUUUGAUAACCAGGUUUACAGUCAGCAAAUUAAUGAGCUCAGGGAGCGACUGGAGAACUCCAAUGCCACCAUACUCGGUCUAGAGACUCGGAUGCGUCAGUACGGCAAAUCUGACACAUCUGUAUCGGCUCUGCUACAGCAAGUUAGGGAAUCCGCAGAGGAGGAAAUGGUUCGAUACAAGAUGGAGUCUGAGGAAAGCUAUGUUAGAAAUAUUACUGCUUUGAAAACUCAAAUGGAAAAUGAUGCCAAAACAUUUGAUAGAUUGAAUAUUGAGAAAUCACAGAUUAUGGGGCAAAUUGUGGAACUAUCGGCUAAGAUUACUUCUUUGGAAGGACAGAUUCAGAGUUUGAACCAUCAGAAGGUCUCCCUGGAGGGAAUGUUGGCCCAGGAAAAGGCACGCACCAGUGAACAAGUCACUGCUAUGUCCAAGAAACUGAAGGAUGUCCAGGAGAUGUUGUUUGUGAAGAUGAGAGAGGCCAGUCAGCUACAUGACUGUCAUGUGCCACUGAAGGCUGAGCUCAGUGCCAUGAGAGCACUGCUAGAGGAAGAGGAAAAUAGGUUGCAGAAUCCAGCAACUGAAAUAAACCAGGUGAUGACCAGUGCCUCGAUCUCUCAGGCCGACCAUACAGCAGCUUUGGAAACAUUGUCCUACGCUCCUCAACCUCAGGCCUCUCUGAUGGCAUAUACCCAGCCCUCUGCCCCACCUAUGUCCCCCUCAUAUGCCCCGCUGACCACCGCUAAUCUGACCAGUGAGUACAUUCCUCAGUAUGAUCCGGUAACAACAGAAGAUUUGGAUACAGCUGGAUUGGGAUUAGAUUAUUUUGGAGGAGGAACUAGAUACACUUACCAGACAACACCUAGUGUCAACAAACUGCAGAUUGAGCCUUCACCACCCACCACCCCGCGCCUCGUGGGGCCAGUGAUGAGAGCUAAAUCAGCCCCAGUUGGGGCCCAGGUCAGAGGUCAGAAUGUUCCUCUAAUCCCCACCAGUAUGGGUAAAGGACAGGACUACUUUGAUGAGAUGUUCCGUGACCUUGCUAGAGAGACCUUGUACACGGCCCCACCAACCCCACCUCCUCAAAAACCACAGAGGAGUAAAUCAAGUCUGGAGAAGUACCAGAAUUCUGUCUACCAUGACUACAACACUGCCACAUCCAGUCGCUCAGAGACCCCUGAGUAUCCACAACACUUACUGCCCAAGGACGCUCUCGUGUUUAGUGCCAUUGGUGAAAUCAAAAUUCUAGAAGUCAAUCAAGAAGGAAAAUACAUACGAUUAACAAAUGAAGGCAAACAGGAGGCAGAAUUUGGAGGACACAUGAUACAACAAAAUGUGGGCGGACACCCAGUGGCUGUUUACCGAUUCCCCCCAAGAACAAAGUUCCCCGCUAACAAUACCCUUACAGUGUGGGCUGGCUCAAAUGACCAUAUUCUACACCAACCCCCAACAGACUAUGUCUGGAAAGAGCAGCAGAAAUGGGGCACGGGACCCGAGUGCACCACCAUUCUGUGUAAACCUAACGGACAGGCAAUAGCAUGGACCACAGCUGCUCACAGAUUUACAAAGAAUGCAUUUGAAGAGCCCUCACCAACCUCUCAGGCAGUGGUGGCAGAUGGAUUUGUUCAGGAUGAUCAAAACGUUGAGACGGACAGUCUAACAGAAAUGACAGUCAACAUCAAUGAACCAAAACCGGACUCAGUUUAUCUCAAAAGAGAGAAACAGCAGCCCAAUAUUUUAACCCCACCCAAACACCCCCAUGGCACUUCUCCAGGGAAAGAAAUUCAUCCCCACACGAGUCAGCCUCGUCCCUACACGUACGGAAAUGACAACAGCAGUGUCAACAGACAGUCCAGGUCUCAGACGACACGGCCCGACCCUGUCAAUGGUCAGCCUUAUGCAGGUUCUGCACAGAAGGUGGGUAGUGCUCCCUUAAAACGUUACACCCCUUCCAAUAUACGAGGAAACGGCUCUAUUGUCAACAAAGCAGAUGUAGGUAAAACUUCCAGUCCACCAAAUCCUUUCAUGUCACCACAUGUCAAGUUUCAAACAGGCCUAGAUCAGAUUCGCUCCCAACACAAUGAGGAUUUCAUGCCACCUAUGCCCCGCCCUCCUCUCUUCUCAUCGUGGUAGCUCUUCUAAUUUAUGUAGCUUCUCCAACAUGACUCUAGAUGUGUCCAGUCAGAGAACGGAUCAAUGGAAGCGUGAACGUUUGCUGUUUUGCGGAAAGAUUUGAUACAGCCUGGGAAACACCGUACAUUUCGGCAUUGUAGUGUCACAGUGGACAUCUGUAUUGGAAGUAUUAAGAAAUUUCUCUGACAUUCUGUGAGAACUGAUACCAUCGAGGUUCAGUUGAUCAUUAAAUCUGUGGGUAUACUAGUAAUCUCAAUCAUUGUGUAACAUAUGACUUUGAGAGGAGGUGGGAGGGGUUUGUCCUACAUACUGCUGUAGAUAACAAAUAAUGGUAGCUUUCUGUAUAUAACACUAUUGAACACAAACAAUAGAUACUAUCCACAAGUGAAGAUGUGUGUUUUAAUUUCAGUAUACCAUUAAUGUUCUUUGUAAUUUGUUUUGAUUUUUUACUUGAAAGAUACUGUCACCAAGUAUGCAUGUAGACAAUUACUGUCAUGUAGACAAUUACUGUCCAAUUCAUUGUGACUUUUCUAGCCUGUUUGUUUGCUCACAUUUUCUCACGUGCCGUUUUGAAAAAAUCAACAGGGUCUGUGAUAUUUUUUUUUAUUCCAAAAUAGAAACUUGUCUGCACAUUGUGAGUUCAUGAUUAGAAGUUUUGGUGAAUGUGAUAGGCUCUUUGCUUUCUUACCUUUGUAUUAGAAAUUUGUGAUUUGAUAUAUCGAUAAACAUUCCAUUUGCUAGUGUUUGUGAAAGGAAAGUUAAGCCCUGUUGUGUAGGACUUGGAUAUCAUUUGUAAUUCUAUAGGCUGUCUUAAUAUAUAUCCCUAGAAUUUCAAUUGAUCACAUUUAUAUAUGUGUGUAGAGAGAGAGAGAGAAAUUGAUUGUUUAUGUGAAAAAGUCAUUUAGUUAUUAAUGGCACAGAGCUUACAAUGAUUAUUGCAGACGUGCACAGAUAGAAAUACGAAGCAGUAUUUAUGUAAAACAAGCAUAAUAGAUGUGAGAAUGUACAGAAGUUUUGUUAGAAGUAUUUCUAUUAUAUUGCAGAGUAUUUUUACUGUGAUAAAUCGCCAUGGCCAUAUAUAUAUAUACUUUGUCUGCUGAAAACAAUAUGAUGCCUUGGAUAUCAACAAUCGCAUUUCAUUGCGAAAGUUUUAUGAAAAUGUUGUGUAAGAGUUGAUUGUUCACAGUAAAUGAAUUCUAUAAAUAUUCUGGAUAAAGGAAUUCAUUGUCUAAAUCAAACAGUCCAGUGGCUUUCCACUUCCAAUGUUUGUGAUAAGAAGGAAUCCGGGUUGUACAGAUUCCUCAGUAUGCAGGUUUUUAUUUACUUUCUAUUCAAGUGCUAUAUCCACAAAUGUUAUGCGGAAUGUGACUCGUGUAGACUGCGCUGUAUCAAACGUUUUAUUUUAUCUUUUAUUUCUUGUUCCAUCCAUGAUUGUUAUCUGUGAUAAUCUAUGUUAUAUUUUUUUAGUAUUCAAAUUAUAGAAUGACUAGACAACAUUUAACAAAUUUUUGCUAAUUUUGAUAGAGUACAUAUUUAUACAAAGAGCUUAAUAAAUAUGUAGAAAUAA